AGGGUGCUCCAUGAAGAAUAAUAAAAACAUCACCAUGUCCAGAAUCGAUAUGGAUAGAUGCAAGGCUGUUGUUCAUCUAGUUCCUCCCCGACACGUCACGUGAAGGAGGACCGUCGCAGAGACAUUCGAUAAAUAUGGAAGAAAAGGAAAUUAACGCGGCUGGUGUUCUCGUGUCCCAAGAGCAGGUUCCCGUGAGCGAGGGAUCAGGCUCGACGACGACAAACACUCCGCGUGCCAAGGCCAAAGUAGUGCACAACGCCGAGCUAUACGCGGCGAUCCAAGAAACUAAGAUCGAUUACAAGAGCAAAUAUUCGAUACAUCUUUACUUCUCCAUCUGCAUCUCGUUCUGUUGCGCUUGCGCCAAUGGAUACGAUGGAUCACUCCUUACUGGUAUCGUCGCCAUGGAACAUUUCCAGAACACGUUCCAUAGCGGCAAGACUGGUACUAUAGUUGCACUUAUGUUCUCUCUCUACACUGUUGGUGCGAUGGUCGGCGCUCCAUUCGCUGCGGUUCUCUCUGAUAAAUGGGGCCGCAAGAUUGGCAUGUUCAGUGGCGCUGUUAUCAUCAUCGUCGGAAUGAUCAUUGUUGCCACUGCUUCUGUAAUCGUGCAAUUCGUCGUCGGUCGUUUUGUUCUAGGAUUCGGCAUUUCCGUCAUGACUGUUGCCGCACCGGCUUAUGCUGUUGAGAUAGCGCCUCCUCACUGGCGAGGUCGAGCCACUGGUUUCUAUAACUGCGGUUGGUUUGGGGGUGCCAUUCCUGCGGCUGCGGUCGUGUACGGAUGCAACAAAAUAGACAGCGACUACUCUUGGAGAAUCCCAUUGAUCAUUCAGGCGCUUGCUUGUGUGGUUGUUCUAUUUGGUGUCUGGUUCGUCCCAGAGUCACCUCGAUUUCUCAUGGCCAACGGCCGCGAGGAGGAGGCCAUUAACUUCUUGGCGAGGUACCAUGGGAAUGGCGACCGUAACUCUAAACUUGUGCAGCUUGAGGUUGAGGAAAUGAAGGAGGGUAUUCGCCAGGACGGCAUUGACAAGAGACCCCUGGACUACCGCCCCUUUGUUUUCAGUCAUAGCGGACGUUGGAGAAUCGCUCAAGUCCUAAUGAUUUCCAUCUUCGGCCAAUUCUCCGGUAAUGGAUUGGGUUACUUUAACACCACUAUCUUCGAGAUCAUCGGCGUUACAUCCGUCGAGAUGCAGCUAGCCUAUAACCUCCUCAACUCCGUGCUAUCUGCCAUUGGGGCUUUGACAGCCGUGGCUCUAACAGAUACUAUGCCCCGGCGAAAGGUGUUGAUAAUCGGAACACUCGCCUGCGCUGCAGCACUAGCUACCAACUCCGGUCUAUCCGCCGCCCUAGAUGCCCAAGGAGAUAAUAUACAGGAAUCUUACGCCAGGGGUGCAUUGGCGUCUUACUUUCUUUUUAAUAUCAUAUUCUCCUUCACUUAUACACCUCUCCAAGGUGUCAUUCCCACAGAAGCGUUGGAAACUACCACUCGAGCUAAAGGUCUUGCUUGUUCCAGCGUUCUUGUAUAUGCCAUGGGUUUCAUAAACCAGUUUGCCGGACCGAUUGCUCUAGGAAAUAUUCAAUACAAGUAUAUAUAUGUCUUUGUCGGAUGGGACGUUAUUGAAGCGAUACUCUGGUACUUCUUUGGUGUUGAAUCACAAGGACGAACUCUUGAGCAGCUUGAAUGGGUUUACAACCAGCCUAAUCCCGUCAAAGCGUCGCUCCAUGUCGACAAGGUUAUCGUACAGGAGGAUGGCAGGGUGGCAGAGAAGGUAGUUACGAGCAAUGCGUGAGCAUGGUUUUUAAAGGUAUCUGGAUUUCAAGUCUACCUAUCUAACAAGGGAAUUAAAUCUGCAUUAAAUUUGUAUUAAUUAGCAUUGGCAUUGGGGUUGGGAAGUUCCAGGGCUGAUGCAUAGAGGGAUAACAUAGGCGAUGAUAUCUAGAGAGUUAUAUUAUCACUGCGCUAAGCUGCAUCCUUCCCUCAGAAUCUGCCAAAGUGACGCAGGAUCAAUACUUUUCAAGGAAGUUCUAGAUGAUAGAUUGCAUAUCCAUGAGAAUAUAUGACCCCUUGAAUAGACUCCUGCUUUGGUUGGAGUUGAAGUUCAGGAAAUGGAAGCUUCGAGUCAUCGAUUUGCCAUGACUUGGCAAGAGGAGGACUCAACUCUAGAUGCCACGUUCCG